AUGUCACAUCCAAACAGAUCAUCAGCAAUGAACGCUCGCUCUCCACAUUCCCCUUCCUCUCCUUCUCCUCCGCCCCUCCCUUCCCGUCCAUCCACUUCUUCACACACUUCCUUCACCUCUACAACAUCCCAUCCAUCCUUUCCUUCUACCUCAACUCGACCAUCAUACACAUCUACAUCUCAGAACCACCUCCCGGAAUCCCGUUUGGACGCACUUUAUAAAACCUCCUCUUUUUUCACUUCUAAAGCUAAAACCGCGUUAGCUCUAGCAAAGACUUAUGCUCAGUAUCCAGCUGGAGAAGGCGAGGGUAAAAAAGCAACAUGGGAAGAAUGGAUCAGAGAUUGGACUACUUCUGGUGAGACUAAAAGAAGUGGCAUGGGGAAAGAGGAGGUGCAUCUUUUACCGGGAUGGGCGGUGAGGCGAUAUAGGGAAAAGAAAGGGGCAGAAGGGGAAGGAGCACAACCUUUUGACCUCCAUCUUUGGGUAUCAGGUUAUGCUAUCUUAUCUCGAGAUCUCUCUGAAGCUUCAAGAACACAACGAGCUAUUGUAUCUCUUGCUAAACGCUAUGCUGCUCUAUCAAGAGUAUUGACUUCCAACCCUUCUUCAUCCCCCACCACUCCCCUCACCGCAUCACCGCAAGAAGAGCUUGACGAGGAAUCCGGUGGACUCUCUUCUGUUACUCCUGCCCCUCCCUCCACUUCCUCGACUCCUCUACCACCAUCUUCUGUCAACAAUUCCAUAUCCCCACCUAAGACUUCACCACUUCAAUCUCACAUCGAAGACCAGCCAGCACGGAUUAGCAGCACGGAUAUCGCUUUCGCCCUUCCUGGAGCGUUACAACUAGCCAGGGAAAACCUCGAUCGACGAUUGUCUCCAUUUUGGAGCAAGAGUCUUGCUUAUCGUCCACUCUCCAUUUCCGUAUAUUCAUCCCCUCCUCCCUAUGCAUCCCACCCUAAGUUUGUUGAUCCAUCAAACACAUCAGAUUUUUCGACGUCAAAGGACGAAAACGACGAACCACUUUUACAAGUCCAAAGUACUACUGACAGCCAAGGUCAUUUUGCCCAUCAUCUCGUCAUUCCUUGGGAAAGAUUAGCGGUACAUCCCCCUUCUUUACCUAUGGUCUUUGAUGAAGGAGAACAACCGUGGAUAUUGAGAGUCAAGGCGGUUAUGAAGCCCGUAGAAGUACAGUCUAAUCAGCCUGGGGAAAGGAGUAGAGGUAGUUCGCCUCCUUCAUCUCUUGGGAAUGAAACGAAUGUGAGGCCGAGGUUUGUAGCUCCAGCAGGGAGAAUUCAUUCUGCUCCUACGUCUGUCACGUCUUCCAUUAGGGAUGACCCUUUGAUUGGUGACAGAAACUCGAAAAAGGACGACGUCAAUUCAUUAUCCACUCGACUAAAUCAAGCCGUGUUACAGCCUGCCUCUCGACCCGGCCAGAAUAUGACUACAUACCCAGGCGUGAACUCUACGACCAGACCUCAAAGUACCGAGGCAAGUAUCGCUGUGGCUGUGAACCGUGAUGGGGGAGUAAGGAUAUUAUCAGAUUUGGACGAUACCAUCAAGCAUUCUGAUAUCUUAGCUGGACCACGGGAAACUUUCAGGAAUGUCUUCUGUCGACCCCUGGAAGAGAUCUGCGUUCCAGGUACCAACAGCAUGUUUCAAGCUGCCGAGUCGGCUGGGGCUGCUGGCUUUCAUUUUGUUUCUAACUCGCCUUUUGAACUUUUACCCUCUAUCACGGCUUUUCUUCAUACUCAUCGAUUUCCCUCUUUCUAUUCAUUGAAGCUCAAAUUCUACGGCGGCCGAUCUAUCCUCACCUCCUUAUUCGAAUCCCCCGCUGAUCGAAAGCGCGCCUCUAUUCUAGACAUUUUCGCCACCUUUUCCAACGCCCGUUUCAUCUUAUUUGGUGAUUCAGGCGAACAAGAUUUAGAAUUAUAUCUCUCCAUAGCGCAAGAACGUCCUGGCCAAGUAUUAGCGAUUUUCAUUAGGGAUAUCACUUCUGAACGUGCGGAUAAAUUCCGGAAUCUACCUCUUGUUCCUCCAAAAACGACCUUACCCCUAAUCUCAUCGGCAUCGUCUUUACCCCUUGUCCCUUCGAGAGCGAUUCCACUCAAUAUCUCUACAAAGACAAACGAUACUGAUAGUUUCCAAGAAGGUGCAAGUAUAUCCCAAGAAGGUAUGAACAGUCGGUCAUCUAGUAGACGAGGAUCAAUCUCGACAGACGAUACGACAACGGAAGAGAUUCAAGCGUUGACCGCUGCUCAACAGAAGAUUUUGAAGAGAGCUGCGUUAUGGGAAAGUAGGGUGGAAAGAGCUUGGAAAGAAGUUCCGGAUGGUGUGGAAUUGGUCUUUUGGAAAGAUGUGGUUGAGAUACAUGAUAAAGUAGUGGCUUUGGUCCGGUUGUAUAGAUAG